AUGUGUGUAUGUUUGCUAUUCCUUAGAUUCUUGACAUCUAUGUGUACGUGUCUUGAGCCUGAGACGACUACGCCACUAAACUGUGACAACAUUCCGUGCCCUCUCAUCUUCAAGCCUGUGUGUGGCUCAGACGGGGAGACCUAUAGCAACGCGUGCGUUCUUGGGGCGGAGAACUGUAGAAGAGGUCCUGCUGACAAAAUCUUCAUCGAGCAUGAGGGCUUUUGUCCCCCGGGUCAGCAGGAGACGACGACAACAGUUCGUACUUUUAGCACUUGA